UUGACCGCAUAAGCCUAUUGAAGCGUCAUACAUUAGCACUUCCAUUUCGUUAUUCAAUUCAGAAGGACAAGGCAUAAGUCAGAUAACUAAAUAGAAAAUGAGCUCCGCAGGCAACAGAGAUUUUGACGAAAUCUUGAAGGAAAUAGCCAAGGCCCUGCAUAAAAAAGAAGACAUCGAUAAUCUCGGAAAAGCCUUAGGAUUUGGGACCGGAGAUAUUGGUCGCAAAAUUGACGAAAACGCCAAACAAGGAGGGAAUUAUAUGGGAACAUUGGAUUUGCUCAGGACGUGGCGAAAUAAACAAACACCUUCGACGGAAAAUGCGGCAUUGAGGGAGGCACUAUUCAAGGCUGGAUUUGAUAACCUGGCAGCCCAAUAUCUAAUCACUCCCGUAACAGUUGAUAUUCCAACCAUGCUGCCAUCGUCUACCGUGAUACAGGGGGCGAGCUUGAACAGAACGGACCCAAACGUUACGGAGAAGCAACUACUGAAACUGGCAGGUUGCCUCCCUGCAAACUCCUACACGGAUCUCGCCGUUCACUUAGGCGUUAGCUACACCGAACACGACAAUAUAAAGUUGCAAAAUCAGUCAUCACUAAAAGAUGCUAAUUUCAAAAUGUUAAUGAAAUGGAAAUGCAGAGAGAAUGGUGGAAAAGUGAGAGAUCUUGAUGAAGCUUUAAAUAAAGCUGACUGUGGGGGGAUUGUGUACAAAGAUGUGUAACUAUUUCAUGGUAUCCACAAAUGUAUGUAUAAUGAACGCGAUUGCAAAGACUAUAUUGACACAUCAGCCGAAGGGAUUUUCAGAAGCCUUAGUCCAUCACCUAUUGAAAUGUGCGAACAUUACUGCCAGUGACAUAUUACGUAAUGUGAACCUGAUUUCAGUUGGACAAACAAUGCGAUAUUGAAUUUACCCUUAAGCUGAAUUGUCGAAAGUCUUUGCGGUCUCGUCGACAUGGUUAAAGGUAAUACAAAGUUUUGGUAUGGGGUCAUGAAUUUGGUUCAA